AUGGCUCAGCUUGCCAGCCCAUCUCCUCUCACAGCAGAGAACCUAAAAGUGUUCUCGCCAUCACUACCCCACAACUACUCGGCCUCGGUCUCAUCGCGGGCCUCAGAGGACGAAGACGCUGCGUCACUAUUCUCAGACGCGCACAGCGUCGUCUCGUCCACCUCCACCGCGCCCGAGGACGAGGCAGCCCCCUUCACCGUCCAGGAAGCCUCGGGCGAGACCGUAACCGUCUACGAGUCCCUGGACCAAGCGGUUCGGUACAGUCUCCUGCGGGCCGAACAGGCGCGCCGCCAGGAGGAAGAGACCCGGCGGUUUGCGUACAUGCCCUACUCUGCGGCACCACAGCAAUCGCAGGACGUGAUAUUGAAUGAAGCUUCUUGGGUGUCGGCACCUGCGCCACCACCGGCAGGAGAUGCCCAAGGUGACGCCGAUGAAGAGGAUGAGGAUGCGUACUUUUCAAUGGGCUGA